AGAGCCGGAAGAGCCGGAAGAGCCCAGUAACGUUACUGUUUCUCCAUCAGAGCUGUGAGGUGCGAACGGGCUGCAUCCACCGGGGGGGAUUUAAAAAAAAUAAAAAAAUUAUAAAUUCAGUUUAGACUCUGGUCGGAGCUACCUUUGCCGCAGACGUGUGUGUUGCACUAAAAAUGUGGAAGGCAGCAGCAGGACAGUCAGUCAAUGUGGCUGUAAAUGACGCAGGGGACGACUGGGAGACUGACCCCGACUUUGAGAAUGACGUAUCGGAGAAGGAGCAGCGCUGGGGGGCCAAGACGGUGUCGGGCUCAGGACAUCAGGAGCACAUAGACAUUCACCAGCUGCGUGAGACGGUGUCGACCGAGCACACCAGCUUGAAGCAGAAGGAGUUGGACACUAUGCCCAAGGCCUCGCAUGGAUAUGGAGGAAAAUUUGGAGUGCAGCAGGACCGCAUGGACAAGUCUGCUGUGGGUCAUGACUACCAGAGCAAGUUGUCUAAGCACUGCUCCCAGACGGACACCUCCAAGGGCUUUGGAGGGAAGUUUGGAGUGCAAGCUGACCGCGUUGACCAGUCAGCUGUUGGCUUUGAGUAUGCCGGGAAGACUGAGAAACAUGCUUCGCAGAGAGACUACACCACUGGGUUUGGGGGGCGAUACGGAGUGCAGGCAGAUCGUGUCGACCAGAGCGCAAUGGGCUUCGAUUACCAGGGCAAAACCGAAAAACACGAGUCCCAGAAAGAUUAUGCCAAGGGCUUUGGCGGCAAGUUUGGUGUCGAGACCGACAAGGUGGACAAGAGUGCUGUGGGCUUUGAGUACCAGGGCAAAACAGAGAGGCACGAGUCACAGAAAGACUAUGUGAAGGGCUUCGGGGGCAAGUUUGGCGUGCAGACGGACAGACAGGAUAAAUCGGCUCUGGGAUGGGACCACCAGGAGAAACUACAGCUCCACGAGUCGCAGAAAGACUAUAAGCGUGGGUUUGGAGGGCAGUAUGGGGUAGAGGUGGAGAGGCAGGACCAGUGUGCCCUGGGCUAUGAGCACAAGGAGAGCCUGGCCAAGCACGAGUCCCAGAAAGAUUAUUCGAAAGGAUUUGGAGGGAAAUUUGGUGUCCAGAAUGAGCUGAUGGAUAAGAGUGCAGGGACUUUUGAUGAAGUGGAGAAGCCAAGCCCAUCUUACCAGAAAACCAAACCUGUGGAGGCUGCUGGCAGCAGCACAGGGAGCAUCAAGGCCCGCUUCGAGAACAUCGCCAAGCAGAAGGAGGAGGAAGACAAAAAGAGGGCAGAGGAGGAGCGAGCGCGUCGACAGGCCAAGGAGAAGCAAGAGCAAGAGGAGGCGCGCCGUGAAAUCGAAGACACAGCCAAGGCCCCCUCUCCUGUCCCUGCUGCAAGCCCCGGUCCCAGUCUCACACUCAGCCCGACCCCACCCCUCCAGCCAGCUGCUGCUGCUGCUGCUGCUGCCCCGACAUACCAGAAGAAAGAGGAACCGUCCUACGAUGCUGCCGAGGAGAACGGGGAGCAGCUGUAUGAGGCGGAGCCACAGACCCAGUACGCACAGCAGGAGGACCAGGAUCUCUACCAGACCCCCGAGGAGACUGCAGCAGGAGACGGCCAGCAGUACGAGUACAGCGAGGACCUCGGGGUGACGGCGGUGGCCCUGUACGACUACCAAGCAGCCGGCGACGACGAGAUAUCCUUCGACCCCGAUGACAUCAUCACCAACAUCGAGAUGAUCGACGAAGGCUGGUGGCGAGGCGUGUGCAGAGGCGCCUACGGCCUUUUCCCGGCCAACUACGUGGAGGUUCGGCAAUGAUGACGCCCGCCAAGAUGACCCGUGUCCCUGUCCUUGUGCAAAAAAAGAGGAAGGAGACAAUUUCAGAUCCCCGUUCCUUUUCACACUUUGGUCUUUUCUCUCUUCGCCUCAUCUUAGUGCUUCGACACUGUGCGAGACAUCCUCAGGUCUCCUAGCUGGCUUUCUUUUGCUCCUUUUUCCAUCCCUCCUCCGCCCGUUUCGUUCAGAUCCCUUUGUUUCUCUCUGUGCAGCAGAAGACAGGGAGGAUGAGCUAUCUUAGAAUGACUCAACACCGAGAGAGUAUAUAGAACUAAUUAUCUGGGCUUAAAAAAGGCACAAUGCUUCGGUCUGCACCUCUGCUUUGUAAUAGUUAAAGUUACAAAAUGCAAAUGUGGAUGUUAAGGGCCUGAGGUGACUUAACCUCCUGCCUCACAGCCAGAAGCUGCAUUUUGAAGCUUUUUUCCCUUCCAGAUACAGUAUUAGAGUUCAGCUUCACAAGGUGUUGAUCAGGUGUCGUUGCUUCUUGACACGUUUAGAGAGGGAUUUUAUUCUCACCAAAGACCAGAGUAAUGACAGCAAUGAGCUUGAAAUGUCUCAAAUGAGUCUUGUGCACUGGGCUCAGGGUGCUCACUGUUUCGUAGCUCAACCGUAAUGUAAACAGGAGCAGUUAAAAGUGGAAAACAACCAUCCACUUUGGAUUAUAAUGUAUAUUGAUGACUAUAUACUGUCCAGUACAUCGAGUAUGGACCAAAAAGCUGCUAAACCCCUUUGCUUCUUGGUCUGCCUGCGUAAGGUUUGCUGUGUUGCACAGGAGUUUAAAUUCCCCCUCCUGAUUGAAGUUGCACUUAUGGAUUCUCGAUGGGACACUGAGCUUCAGUUAGAGCUUCAUGUAGUACGAAUACGUUCGCCUUUUUCUGAACACUUGCAUCAGUCCUAGGGUUGAUUUAUAAAUGAUCAAUAAUACGGUUUCCUCCUUCGCUGAUGUUUAAAUUGUUGACAGAAUAAUGGGGCCAUAAUGUCAAAGACUUCUCCGCCCUGGCAAAUCACAAGCUAAACAAAAGCACCACAGAUCAUAGUAUUUUAAUCAUCUUCAUGCAUUAUACUGGUUAAUUGUUGACAUGCUUAGAAUCAUGUACAGAGAGAUCAUGAUUUAUGAUACUUUAAUAAUAGAUUUGAAAAGAUAUUUUUGUUCCCUGUCACUGUGGUUUUCUUUGGAUGUGGACGAGACUUGUGUAUUUGUGUCUUGCUCGGGGUUUUUCAGGGGUUUUCAUGUCAUAAUAUGCUGAUAUGCACAUGUGAGGCGUGGUGAUGACUGCUCUGGAGCACAGCUAACAUCCCUCAUCAAGACCAAACUGUGUGCUGACCUCAGAGUGAGUGACCUUUAAAAAAUAAGUGUGACUUAGCAGCACUAAAGGCCUGUAGAAAUGUAUGUCAGGCUGUUGUUAAGGGAAGCGGCUUUGGUGUAUUCUCCAAACACUAAUUAUUUCUAACAGACGGCAGGUUUGACAAACUGCUCGUCUGUGGAUCGCAGUAGUGUAGCUUAAACAGGUGUGUGUGUGUGAGGGCUUUCAUUAAAUUCAUCUUUGGGGUUUUAUAAUUAAAAAAAAAAGUGACCUUUUCAAAUGCAUUAUUUUUAUCUGUACUUCUGUUUACUUGAGUCACAUCAUUACCUGCUUGUUCUUUUUUUUAGUUUCAAUAAAUAAACUAUGAAUUAUGA